AUGGUGUGGUACUUGGUUAACAGAGCUUUAAUGGCGGGUAUGGGAUGUGGGGAAAGUGGUGGGGAAUCAGGUAACAGACAGAGAUGGAACAUGGCAGAGGCAUUGGCAGAGGAGAUCAAGGCAAGAUAUGAUAAAGCAGCUGUCAAAGUUGUUGACUUGAUUCUUACACUUCUACAAUUUGGAGGAUAUACACUAGUGCAAAAUUCAGUUGAUCUGUAUCGAAGCUUUGGGUUUGAUACACAGCCAGUCCUCAUUGGGCUCAUCAUAUUUCAGUGGCGUUCUCAGAUGAAUGUUUAUGAGCACAUUAUUAGUAAUGGAUUUCUAAAAGGAUAUGUUACUUGGAUCUUUCAUGGUGAACAAGUUGGCCCAUCUAGUUCUUUAGAUACAUCCCAAGUGGAAGGGGAGUUUGAUCAUGACAUGGAUACAUUGGUUCAUGAUGCAUUCACAAUGCAUGCAACUAAUGAGAGUAAUGACACAGAUAUAAAUAUGGAGGAUGGAGAUUCUAGAGAAUUUAUGAAUGGACCUAGUGUUCAACAAUCUGAAGACAAUAAUAAUUCAGAAAAUUUCUAUCAGAUGUUAAGGGAGGCAGAGCAAAGUCUUUAUAAAGGUUGUAAGAAGUUUACAAAAUUGUCAUUCCUUGUACAUUUGUAUCACUUAAAGUGUCUAAAUGGGUGGACUGAUAAAAGUUUUUCGAUGUUGUUAGAGCUGUUAAGUGAUGCAUUACCAGAGGAAAAUACUUUGCCCAAAUCAUUUUAUGAUACAAAGAAGAUUAUUUCAGGGUUGGGUCUAUCUUAUGAAAAAAUUCAUGUUUGUCCCAAUGAAUGCAUAUUGUAUAGGAAGGAUUUGGCUGAUGCUGAAAUUUGCCCUAAAUGCAAUUUGUCAAGAUGGAAAUAUAACUCUGAUGAUGUUGAAUGUAGAAAAAAGAUACCAGCAAAGAUUCUUCGUUGGUUCCCUCUUAUACCUAGAUUGCAAAGACUUUUUGUAUCACCAAAAACAGCUUGUUCUAUGAUAUGGCAUGAGGUUGGUCGAACUAAAGAUGGACUCCUGAGGCAUCCAGCUGAUUCAUUUGCUUGGAAGAAUUUUGAUUGUCAGUAUCCUGAUUUUGCUUGUGACGCUCGUAAUGUUCGACUAGGUUUGGCUACUGAUGGCUUUAAUCCUUUCAAAACUAUGGCAAUUUCCCAUAGUACUUGGCCUGUUAUCUUGAUUCCGUACAAUCUUCCUCCAUGGAUGUGUAUGAAGCAACCUAAUUUUAUACUUUCAUUGCUUAUUCCUGGUCCAAAAGGUCCAGGUAUGAACCUUGAUGUUUAUAUGCAGCCUCUUGUGGAAGAAUUAAAGGAAUUAUGGGAAAUUGGGAAAGUUUUGCUAUAUGUGUCAUCGUCGUUGGUUAGAGCCGAUCAUAAGUGGAGAUACAAUAAAAGAGAUUUUGAUGGAACCCAGGAGUUUAGAGCUCCACCUGAUCUACCUAGUGGAGCUUUUUCUUUGAGACAGAUGGAAUAUCAUGGAGUUGGGGAUUGGUCACCAUGGAAAAAGAGAAGUAUUUUGUUCACAUUGCCUUAUUGGCAACAUAGUGUGCUCCGUCAUAAUCUUGAUGUUAUGCACAUAGAAAAGAAUGUGUGUGAUAACAUUAUUGGGAUGUUGUUACAAUUAGAAGGUAAGUCAAAGGACAAUGAUAAGGCAUGCUAUGAUCUUGUUGAUAUGAAUAUUAGAAGCCAAUUACAUCCAAAGAUGCACCCAAGUAAAGGCAAACAAUAUUUUCCUAGAGCUUGUUACCAAAUGACUUCAAAAGAGAAAGAAACAUUUUUGGAAGUUCUCAAAACAAUAAAAGCUCCUGAUGAAUAUUUGUCUAAUAUUUCAAGAUGUGUGCAAGUGAAGGAACACAAAAUAUCCGGUCUCAAAAGUUAUGAUUGUCAUCUUUUAAUGCAAGAGUUUCUUCCUAUAGCUAUGAAAGGUUGUUUGCCAGACAAAGUGAGUUUAGCUAUAUCCGAUCUUUGUUGUUUCUUCAAGGAGUUGUGUGGCAAGGUGCUUAAUGAGAGUAAUUUAGAGCACCUAGAGCAUCAAGUAGCUCUAACAUUAUGCCAAUUAGAACAGAUUUUUCCUCCAUCUUUUUUCACCGUAAUGGUACAUUUGGUAAUCCAUUUGGCACAUGAAGCAAGAGUUGGAGGACCUGUACAUUACCGAUGGAUGUAUCCUAUUGAAAGGUUCCUUUUGACUCUAAAGUCAUUUGUUCGUAAUCGAGCACAUCCAGAAAGAUCUAUUGCAGAAGGAUAUUUAGCUCAUGAAUGCUUGAUAUUUUGUUCAAGAUAUCUAUCUAGGGUGGAGACUCAUUUUAAUCAAUUUGCUCGAAAUGAUGACUCAUGUUUUGUGGAAAAUGUAAGUGUUUUAAAUCCUAGAGGUAGACCAUUGGGGAGAAAGAAGCAAGUUGGAUUCAAUGUGAAGAAGAGAAAAAGAGCUUCUCGGAUUUCUCUUGAUAAGAAAGCAUUGGUUCAAGCACAUAGAUAUGUGCUUUUCAAUAGCAACAAUGUUGACCACUUUCGAAAAGCCCAUACUGAUCUUAUCAAGAGACAAAAUCGUCGAUUAUCUCCAUAUGAAGUUGACAAAAUUCAUAGUAAAGAAUUUCCAUAUUGGUUCCUUGCUCGAUUGGAAGAGCAAGACAGCACUCUAGUGACAAAUGAUAUCAAGUGGUUAGCUCGUGGUCCACUAGAAAUAGUGAGAAGAUAUAGCGGGUACAUUGUUAAUGGAGUUAGAUUUCAUACAAAGACACGUGAAAGGUGCUUGAAGACUCAAAAUAGUGGCAUUGUUGUAACUGUUAAGACAUUAAGUUAUGCCAGUUCAAGAGAUAAAAACCCAAAGGAGGGAGAAAUCCACUACUAUGGUGCACUAACAGAUAUAAUUCAAUUGGAUUAUUCUGGAAAAUAUAAGGCUAUACUUUUCAAGUGUGAUUGGGUUGAUAUAAACAGGGGUUGCAAAAUUGAUAACUUCGGUAUGACAUUAGUGAAUUUCAAUUAUUUGCAACAUACAGGGAAUGAUAUAUGUGACGAUCCAUUUGUUUUUGCAUCUCAAGCUAAGAAAGUAUUCUAUGUGGAGAAUAAAACACAAAAUGGUUGGCUUGUUGUUGUGCAUGCUAAAAUCAGAGAUGUAUAUGAUAUGGGUGAUGAGCAAUCCAAUGACACGGAUCAAGGGAAUGAACAAGUCUUACAAGAGAUAAAUCAUAAUGAUUUGAUCAGACCAGAAGCCGAUGAUAGUGAUGAUAUCAUUGAAGUUACAAUACCUAUGGAGAACAUUUUACCACAUGACAAGGAUGAUAAUUAUAUAGAUGAUGAUGAGAGCGAUGCAGACUUCUUUUGA